AUGUCGUCUCGUAUGGGCUUCCGUUUGUUGAAUAACUCUCGCUUUGCGUUCCGCAAUGCCUCUGGACCAUUCCGCCGACAAGGCGCCCAGGGCUUCCGCUUCAAUAGCUCCGAGGCCGGCGCCGGUGCCGCGGAGCACCAAAAUGCUUUCCAGCGUCUAUGGAACAGCCCUAUUGGUGUGAAGACCGUUCACUUCUGGGCUCCCGUUAUGAAGUGGGCUCUCGUUAUUGCCGGUAUUUCCGACUUCUACCGUCCACCUGAGAAGCUGUCUCUCACCCAAAACGCUGCGCUGACCGCUACCGGAGUUAUCUGGACUCGUUGGUGCUUCAUUAUCAAGCCCCGCAACGUCCUCCUCGCCGCCGUUAACUUUUUCCUCGGAUGCGUUGGUGUCGUCCAAUGUUCUCGUAUUCUGCUGUGGCAGCGCAGCCAGAACGGCUCCACUGUCGAGGCCGCCAAGGAGUUCGGAGAGGAAGCCAAGACUGCCGGGGAGAAUGCCGUGAAAGCUGUUGAAAAUGCUGUUGAAAAGUCGACCUAG